CUUUUUAUUUUCUCAGGUUCAACAGGUACUGACGUAUAUAUUCACACUUUUGGAAUUUCGUUCACAGUGUGUUAGUUUCUUCAUUGUGCUUCACUUGUGGUUAGUGUUAAAAAGAAGAUAAGAUAAUAAUCAAGGAUGAAAAUGUGGUUACUUCUACAUACAACUUUAUUCCUCCCAGUUUUAAUCAACGCACUUCCAACAAAUGUCGCAAAAUCCUCGUCGGUUUCAGCAAGUUUUGAAAGCAGUGCUCCCGCUCCAUUUACUUUCGAUAAUGGAAACGUCGGUGUUAAUUUCCUCGGUUACCACGCAUCUGCUGGUCUUGGAGGUCUUUUGAGCGGAAAUGCAGCAGAUGGAGGUCUUCACGCUGAAGCUGGAACUCCUUUCGGACAACAGGCCGGAGCUGGACUUGGAGGAACAGUAGAUUCAAGCGGUAGAGCUGCCGGCGGCUUGUAUGCAGGGGCCACCGCCGGUGCCGGUGCUUCGGCCGGAGCUGGUCUUGGAGGAGCCACCAGUGCUUCCGGCUCAGUCGGCGGAUCAUUCGCGGGAGCUUCAUCUGGUGGUAGUGAAACCCACAUAACCAAAAUAUCCCACAAAGCACCUGCUGUAGCCACAGGCAAGUUAACCGUAAAAACUUCAGCCCCCGUCGUCCACAAAGAAGUCGAAGUGAUUGCAACUCCCGUCGUUCACAAAGAAGUUGAAGUUGUGGCUGAACAACCCAAACCCCAAACAACUUACAUAGAAAGAACCGUUAUUCCUAAUUACGUCGAAAAGAAAAUCCAAGUUCCUACCUACGUUGAAAAGACAAUCCGAGUUCCUACAACCGUCGAGAAAACUAUAAGAGUACCUGCCCAGCCUACUGUUAUUGAAAAAGAAGUUUCGGCUCCUGCGUCAGUGGGAGUUAGAGGGAGUUAUGCUACUGAAGUUGAAACUGUGCCAAAAACAGUAACGUACGUGCAAAAAACUAAAAUACACGGACAUCAUCAUCCUCAUCUUCAUCAACGUGUACAUUAUAAGAAUGUUGGAUUUGGAGGAGGCUAUGGGGGCGGUUUCGGAGGAUUUGGAUAUGGCGGAGGAUACGGUGGAGGAUAUGGUGGUGGGUAUGGAGGAGGAGGCGGCGGGGCGUCGGGAAGUUACACUGCCACGGUUACGAAAACUGCCAAUCCGCAAUUUUUCAAUGAUAUUUUUAAUAUUCCUAUCUCCACCCUAGGGGCUGUUAGUAAGUUUGUAAGUGGUAUUGCGGGAGGGGCCAGUGGAUCUCUCUCUGUGUCAAAAUCAGUUGGAGUUUCUGCCUAGUAAUUUCUUAAUAUCGAAUGUGAUGUUUUAGUACUUAGAAGUAUUUAAAUUUUUAGUUGUACUAAAUUUUCUACUCAAUACAAACUAAAAUAAA